AUGGGGUGGUUUUGGGCUGAUAGUGUUAGUAUUAGUGUGGAUAAAGGGGCCUCAGGGGCCAAAUGUCCUGUUGAUCAUAAAGCCUUGCAAAAGCCUCAACCACAGCAAUCUCUGGCUUGUCCUAUAGAUCAUUCAUCAUUCAAGUCAUCGGCAGGUUCAAGCGGUGAAUGUCCCGUGUUAGGCGGAGAUGAAGUAUUAAAUCCAUUGAAUAAUAUGCCUAUGUCUAUUUCAUCUGAAUUAGCACCAGGUCAAAAGAUUAAAUUAUCUACUGAGAGAACCAUUUCUACAAUUCCAAGAGGUGAAGCUGACGAUCAAGGCUUAUGGGAGUAUCCAUCACCUCAACAAAUGUUAAAUGCAAUGUUAAGAAAGGGUAAAGGGGCAGGUAUAGAUGAAGAAGCUGUCACCUCUAUGGUCGAAGUUCAUAACUUCUUAAAUGAAGGUGCUUGGCAACAAAUUCUUGAAUGGGAACAGAAAUAUACGGUUGAUACUAGGAUAGAACCAAGAUUAUCGAAAUUUACUGGUAGACCCCACGAUUUAUCUCCUAGAGCUCGUAUGUAUUUGUGGUUAGGUCAAGUAUUUCCAAGUACGUUCAACUCCCAACCUCCUUUCGAUAGACACGAUUGGACUGUAUUAAGAUCAUUAGGUAAAAACCAAGGUUGGAAACCAGUCAGAUACGUUAUUGAUUAUUAUAGUGCUCCUGAUGAUGAAGAAACUGGUAUGCCAGCUUUCGUUUUGGAUACAAGACCAGCAUUAGACAAUCCACAAAACGCUUAUGAUAGAUUUUCUCAUUGGUCUUAUCCGUUAUACAAGAAGGCAAUGGGAGAAUUUGACAAUUAA